AUGGCGCAGGAGGAGGUGAGAAGAGCAACACUCAGGUCCAUUAUCACGGACGAACCUUGCGCUCACCCAACAGAUGUACUUCCAUGGGAGUCCUUGUAUCGGUCACCAUACACUGCGCAUGCGCCUGCGUCGCAGACUUUCGUCGAGAGGGUGAAGUUGUUCCGCACGCCGAUCAACUACAUCAACGGGGACUCAGGCUCGAGAACGGACGUGGACGACCCGGCGGUUUGCACGUACAGGCUGUCCAGGUUGGACGACAAGUACCCCGAGUACGUGGAAUUGCUCGCGGCCCAGACCGUCAUCAAGCAGGCCGUCGCGUUCCACAGGCUCGUGCCUUUCGAGUACAUCGGUGCUACUGGUUCGCCCUACAACUUCGCUCUGGGUCCGGUUUGCCUCCUGGAGGCUGCGAACGAGGGUCUGACUCGCAAUACAGCCCUUGCCAUCGCCGGUCCUGCCGUCCCAGCCACGGCCGCCCUCACUCCGGUCCUGCGGAUCCCUCAUAGCGAUGGGUAUAGUGCUCAGUACGGUGUCCCAGCGCUCUGCCCAAAUUCGCUCAACGUGAACCUGCGCCCUCGACUACGACUUACUUCCAUCUCGAAGUCUUAA